AUCACUGUGCAAUAGCUCUACAGCAUCCCCUACUGCCGAUCUCUAGGCUCUCUGUCCUAGGUUGCUAUGUCCUACAUGAACGUAGCCAACAGCUAGCUAGAUAUCAGCUGCAAGGAUGCCCACAUAAAUGCUAGGCAGUGAGACGACCACAGAGAUCUAAUCUUUCAUCUAUUUGGAAAGGACACCCGGGGUCCAAAAAGCUUGCACAGACCCACGUGAGAGGACUGAGCAGUGAGCACCACCUGCUGAAAUGCAGCAUGGAGCGGAUGUGCAGCUAGUUUGUGGCGCCCAGCAAAAAGACAGCGGGUGAUUUGUAUUCUUCUUUGUGUUUGACAGCAUGUCUGAAGCCAUGUCUGCUCUGUCCCCCCUCCUCUUAUAAGACCAAACGCUUACAAGCCGGCUGAUCAUAUGAUGUUACUUUUAAGAUCCUGCAGGGCGCCAACAUCAAGAAAGCCUACUUCUCCUUUUUCUAACACAGUAUGACAGCGAAUUACAGCCGAGCACCCAAAGCACCCCAGCAGGAAGCGAGAAAUCUGUGAGUGCCACAUCGCUACAACCUAACAGACAUUCACUGCUGCCGCCAAAGCUUUGGGAGUCUCUUAAUGGAGGAGGAAUAUCUGCGCUCUCCUUGUGUGGAUUUGACGGCGCCUUUGCGACACUCCUGGAGCUCUAAAGCUCAGCAGCACUUGAACGGAGAGGCUAAAUCAGAGGAGGAGCGUGUCGAUGAGUGGGAGCAGACGAUAUGGCCGACGCGACCCCUGCACUACGCUGCCGCCGCACUCUCCUUCGCCACGGUGCAGUGGGAGAUUCCUGACGCCGCCGCAGAGACGCGGUCUUUGACGACUGACGGCAACGUGACCAGCGCACUAGACUCUGUUACUUCGUGUUUACCAUUACGCAAUGCUCAUGAUGAUGAGGAGGAAGUGGAGCGCAGAGAGAAACAAAACGGCUUUGACUCAUCAGUGAACUCAAAGUGUACGGGCAGUUCUUUCAAGCCAUGUGAUGCUGCAGUCGGAUGUGAGCCGAUGACACAACAAAGGGAACAUUCAACACAUCAGCGCCGACAGAUCAGCUACAACGCCGUCGCACUGAAGUCUGAUUCAGAGGAAGAGGGGGAAGGCUGCGUCACAUCCAAUGCGGUUGCAUCAGUGGAUUUAUGCCCAGAAGAACCACGGGAGGAGACUGAUGCUGCCCUGACUGGACACGCCGACUCAGCAGGAGACGGCCAAACUUCAUUUCAAGACGGCAAGAUGGCGGAAUGGAACAAAAAAAGUCCUGGUGAAUGCCUCAGCGACACUGUUAAUGUGGAGGUGCCAACACGGCUGCAAAAUACUGACGAUAAUGGACCAACUUUUGAACUUAGAAAGGUACGUCUUACAGAAGCCACAAGUCAAGAAGCUUCAGUUCCUGGAGAUGGUGAUACAGAGAUGUUUGAAACAUCUGUAGAGGAACAGACAGAACCACAUAAGUCCACACAGGACAUCAGACUGCUAGAGCAGACCCAAACAAACGAUACUGCAGACUGGGAAGGCACAGUCCGCGUAGGACAGCUGCAACAUGCAGACGGAUUAGCUGAGGAAAAGGUUUCAAUCCAGCCUGGGGACUCGACUGAGUUAGCUGAUGAAGAGCAAGAGAACCAAACAUCCCAGCCUGCAACCUCCUUGAUUCAGAACAAGGGUCCUACUCGGGCCAAAACGUCACACGAGGCUCAGGAGGUCACAGGCACCCUUAAUGGAUCCGUACCAGUACUCAUGGCAAAUGGGGAGACAAGCAGAACGUCAGAUGAUGCAACGCCUCACAUGAAUGGUGGCGACGUGGACAGGGAGAUGGCGCGUCACCUCGCUGAACGUCUCUUUAAGCUGGAUGGUGUCCAGCGUGUAGAUGUGGUGAAGCACCUCGACAAAGAUAAUGCCUUCAGUCAUGCCGUUGGAGAGGAAUACCUCAGGUUCUUUGAUUUCACCGGACAAACUCUGGAUCAAGCCCUGAGGUCUUUUUUAAAAGUGGUUAUCCUGCUGGGAGAGACUCAAGAGAGGGAGCGGGUGCUGCAGCAUUUCACCGGCCGCUUCCAUCAGUGCAACCCGGAUUCCUUCUCCUCGCAAGAGGCUGUGUUGGCUCUCGCUUGCGCUCUCAUGCUCCUCAACACAGACCUGCACGGACAGAAUGUUGGAAAAACCAUGUCCACUUCUAAGUUUGUGUCCAACCUGGAUGGAAUGAACGACGGAGAAAACUUCAGCAAAGAGCUGCUGAAAUGUCUGUACAACUCCAUCAAGAGCGAGCCAUUGGAGUGGGCAGUUGACGAGGAGGAGCUGGCUUCAGCACUGAUGGAGGAGGAUGUGCCCUUGCGGUCCAAGAGCAACCCCUUCCAAGACGUCCCCCACGACAAGGCGGCCCCGGUAGUGAAACAGGGUUUCCUUCAGAGGAAGCUCCAUGCUGACAUUGAUGGGAAGCGCACUCCUUGGGGGAAGAGACGCUGGAAGACCUUCUAUGGUGUGUUGAAAGGAAUGGUCCUUUUCUUGCAGAAGGAUCACAGUAGGAAGGAGCAGCAGGCUAACGAGGAGGUGGUGAGUGUACAUCACUCACUGGCCGAGCCGGCCGUCGACUACACCAAGAAGCCAUACGUGUUCCGUUUGCAGACGGCCGACUGGAGAGUUUUCCUAUUUCAAGCCUCAUCCAAAAUGGAAAUGAUCUCAUGGAUCAACCGCAUUAACUUGGUGUCAGCUCUUCACUCCUCUCCUCCGUUCCCUGCAGCCGUGGGCUCCCAGAGGAGGUUCUGUAGGCCGAUCCUGCCCGCUUCGCAGUCUGCUCACACUCUGGAACGCCAACUACAGUCUCACAGCGGAAUGCUGGAAUCCUUCAAAGCGGACCUGUCGUACCUCCAGCAGAAUCCUCCUGAGGGCAGAAAGGGCAGAGGAAGGGAGAUGGAAGAGCAUCGAACCAGGGCCGAGUACCUGCAGCACGAGAUAUGUCGUUAUGAGAACUACAUAUGUGUGCUUCAAGCCUGGAAGGGCGUCCAAAAGACGGGCGACGGCGGCGCUUUGAUCAACACUGCCCUUGGCAUGUUUGACAACGCCAUUUGUGCGUCUCCUCUGGACGAGGAGGAAGAUGAGGCCACAGGUCAUCUGACAAAAUCACACUCCAGCCCCUCCCUGGAGCUGGAGAUGGCGCCGCCUAGCACCAUCAAAGUCAGGCGCAACAUUUCAGAAAGGUGGACUUACCGUAGGACCAUCACGCCUCGAUUGAAUAAAGACGCAUGACAGCGAUUUUGCAAUGUUCUAUUCCUGGUACGAACUGAAAUGCUGUGAUAGCACCAAGCUAAUCCCAACCUCAAGUCGUGACCUUUUUUUUUUUUUUUUUACGUCGUGCACUUUGACAGAAAAGUUAAUCUCAGGGAUUCCCAAAUUCUCUCAGGAUGUGGAAGUACCUGAUUUUUCAUAUGUUGAUUGACCAAAAAUAUGUGGACCUGAUAGACACCUUUUUUCUUGUAACUUUGUGCUGUGUAGUAGUGGUUCAAACAUGCCUAUUUGGUUUAUGACCACUAGGAGGUGCUGGAGUACAGGACAUCUUGAAGCCAACGAGGUAGUAAUUGCACUUUGUUUUAAAUCCUAUUGUUUUUUGUGUCAUUUAAAAAAUAAUAAUAAAUGUGUUGGUCAUAUGAAGUUUUUUUUUUUACAUGUUUUAAAUGUGUCCUGUGCUGGAGCUGUUUGGGCUUGUAUUGUUUUAUUCAAUUUGUUUUUAAGAACAUUUUAAAUGUUAACAUUAAUACCAAUCACAAUGUCUGCUAGAAAAGGCUCCUUCUUCAAAAUGUGUCAAAGUAAUACAAUGAAAGUCUGAUUUGUUUUAUUUCAAUAAGUAAUU